AUGACCUACUCGUCGACGGUGCGGGCGAAAGAGCUGCUUGGCGAGGUGAUAAGCAUCACCGCCCUGCUCACAGAUGACGAGGCCUUGCGGUUAUCCUGCGGCUUCACCGUGGAGGAGCUGCUGGCGAAGCGGCGGCUGGCCGGUGAUCUCCUGAGGGAGCUUGCGGAGCACUUGGACCGAGUCUGUCGGGACACGGGUAUUGCCCGGACGACCGGCGGCGGCACAGCCAUCCUCGGGGGGGUUUUGGGCGCUGCCGGUUUGGUCCUCGCUCCGGUUUCAGGUGGCACUUCGAUGACGCUCUCCCUGACUGGUGCCGGCCUGGGCGUCGGCGCCGCGGCGGCCACACUGACAGCUGCGGUUGUCAAAGACGCAUAUGUCAAAGGCGCCUCAAAACGAGUGAAAGAGACCCUGGCCGAGCUCCAGACAGACGAUGCUGUCUUGUGCCGGCUUGUGCACCAGCUCCAGGCAAACGCGGCCGAGCUCAUCGAUCUCUGCUGCAAG